CACAAUUUCUGUUUUCUGAAUAUGCAAACAUUUGGCAAACAUAUACAAAUCCUCCCAAGCAUACCUACCCCCAAGGCCCUACCUGCCCCUACCCAUAUGAAUAGCUAAAAGGGUUUCAAGUUGCAGUGAUAUAUAGUCUACACUCUACUUCUAGUCACAUAAGUGUAUUUACUAUGAAACAAUCAUCUUCCCUCAUCUUUUUUUGUAAAGGAAGAUAGGAAAAUGCCAAACAAGAUUUGAAUAAAGACACUAAGAUAUGAUGUCGGCUCCCAGCACCGCCCAGGUGCUCCAGCUCUACCGGCACCUGCUGCGCUACGGCCAGACUCUGCAGCUCACCGACAGGCUCUACUUCUACCGACGGGUUCGGGGACAGUUCGAAAAGUCACGGCUGGUUGAGGAGGAACAGCGCCGCCGGUUUCUCUUCGAGAAGGGGCGCGCCGUCCUGAGUCGGCGGCGUCUCGUCUGAGCGAUGCUGGGCGGUGUGCUGCGGACGGCGGCCGUCCUGCUGCGGGCGACGCCACGCUGUACGGCGGCGGCGCGGCUGGCCGGUACACAGGGUAUCGACUGGUCGCGGUUCCCGCAGCUGGAUGAGCGAGAGCUGGAGGAGCGGUUCGUGCGCGGCGGCGGUCCCGGCGGCCAGAGCGUCAACAAGACGGCCAACUGCGUCUCGCUGAAACACAUACCCACCGGGUUGGUGGUCAAGUGCCACGAGUCCCGGUCUCUGGAGGUGAACCGGCGCCAGGCCAGACACCUGCUGGCGGAGCGGCUGGACCGUGCGCUGAACGGUGACGCGUCGGUGGCCGCCCAGCGGGAGCGGGAGGAGCAGCUGCGGCGGCAGCGUGGCGACUUGCAGCGCCGCCGGCGCCGAGACAGAAAGGAUCAGUGGCGCCGGCAGCGCAGCGCAGAGGCCAGCUCCGAGGGAGCGCACUCAGAUCGCACGGGAGUGGAUAAUACGUAGUGUUGAAAUAUAGAGUCACAGAGUGAAAGACUUAAAAUGUUCGAGCUGGAAUGAAGGAGACUUGUUUGGUCAGCUCCAACCGUGAAGACAUCAUAUUGUCAUGGUCAUGAACCGCAUCUGAGGUGAGGUGUAUGGUGCUUGUGAUAGAAACCAUUAUGCCAUUCUCGAAAGGGUUUUGAUACCGAAUGGAAUGUUCUUUCAGAGAGUAGUGGCACACACAUUUCAAACGUUUGAGAUCUAUAUUAUGUCGUCGCUUGUGAAUAAAUACUGAUGAAGCUCAA